CCCACUACAUUUUCGGAUUUUCAUGUUGAUAUCCAAACUAAAAACACAAUGCCAUUUAUAAUGUAUUUCACCAUACACUAGUUGGCUUAAUUUGAAAUAUUGAUUGUGAUUUUAUAUAAGAUAUUAAUUUUACUUAAUCAUUAUUUAUAAAGUCAACAUUGUCAUGCCCAUUACAUUGCUACAACUACAAAAAACAAAUGAUUUGAUGACAAUGUUGCAUAUUAUCUAGACUCAAGUCAAAUGUAGUAACAUUAAUCAUUAAUUAACCACUGCUAAAGUACUACAGAAUAAUAUGAAUGACUAUGAUUGAACAAUAACAUCCACCUAUUUUUUUGCAUUGACUACUACUAGCUAGGUCUAGCCACCUGACUAGUACUCAGUAGCGUUAAAGCAGUCUACUAGCAGCACCUGCUAAUUCAAGAACCUGUAUGUAUAAAUAAUUCAUUCAGUAAGUUGUGAGUGCUCACCCACCAGAGCCAGGGCUUCUACUUGACUGUGCUAGAAUCAGUUUAAGUAGUCAUUGACAUUACUAAGCAAAUUAACACAAAGCGGAAGCAGUAGAAAUGUCCUGGGCUAGUGAAUUAGCAGGCGAGUUGGUAUGUCGACCUUUGGGACUGGUAGCCUUAACAGGGUUAGAUACCACAUACAAUGCUGUUCACAAAGCAAUUUGGGAUUCAUUUUGUAAUAAUCGACGUUCUGAUCGAGUUCCCCUGCAGUUCAAAGUUUGCAAAGCAGAUCAUGAAUAUCCAAAGUGCAAACAAAAGGUAAACAUUUCAUGCAAUGCUCAAUAAUAGUAGUGGUUGACAUAAAUAGUAAUAGUAAUAUUAAGCUGAUACAGAUACUACUUAAAGGCCUAAUCAUAAAAUUUAUAACCCUAUUCUCUACUCCACUCUGGCUAUAUACUAUAUAAACUAAAGGCAUAUUUCUUGUGAUUUUUUAAAACACUCGAAUGAUGAAUUUCCAUCAAUUCAAUAUUAUUGAUAAUUAUUAGUAAGUGGUGAUUAAAAUACUAUCAAUAGACACUUUUUAAUAUUUAAAUUAGAAUAAACUUAAUAUAAUGCAGUCAUUUAAAAUUCUACUCUUAUUUAUAUAUUUGUUUCAGAGGACUUCUUAUGAAUGGUAUAUUCCAAAAGGCAUACUGAAAACAUACUGGAUGCACAAGCAUUUACAGGAAAUACCAGCUGUUGUUGUGAUUUUCUUUGAUUUGGACUGGGAUGAGCCACUGUGGAGAGAAAGACAGAUGGAGUGUGCAACUCGUCUUGAAAUUGUAAGGUGGGGAAAAUUUUCAUCGGAAAUUCUUAAAUAAUACCAAUACAUCAUUAAAAAUGCAUUUAUAUUGAAUAAAGAGAUUUAAGUAUAUCAAAAUUUAAACGUUAACUUUUAUAUCCAAGCCACAAUUUCCACCAGGUAUUUAUCACAUAUUUAUUAUCUAAUCUCUGCUAAUUUCUUUCUUUAAAAUCAGAAAUAGCCUUCAAGGUCGGAACACAAAAAUAGCAGUUGUGCUCAUACAGAAAAAUGCACCUCUACCUCCAGGUAUGAAAAGAUGAAAGAAUGUAUAACCAUAGCUCCAGAACAAGUGAAAAUACUUCAAAACUUUAAAAAUAGAUCUUUCUUAAUAAAAUUUGAGUUGUGCAAUAAUUAUCAUAUUAGUUUAAGUGCCAUAUAUUUUCAAAUGUUCCGAUUAAUUUCAAGGGGAAGACCUUAUGGCUGCAGAGAGAGCAGUUUCUCUUUGUACUUCAUGUGAAAUCUCAGCAAAGUCAUUGUAUGUGUUACCCCAUACAGAUCACUUAAUAGGCUACACUAUGAGGUAAGUGUCAAACCUCUAAACCUGUAUGGCUUUACCAUAAUUUAGAAAUCAUUUCUGCAAUGUGUGCUCAUAUAAAUAAUAAUAAUUGCUGAAGUGCUGUAUUAUAUUCACUAAAUUAUUUUAUUCAUAUUUGCUUCACGCUAUAUUAUCUUUUCACCUUGGCAGCUGUUUUGAUGUUUUUCAAAGAAAGUUGUAAAAAUUAUCAGACAAUUUAAUUUCAUAAAUCACUAAGCAUGAUUAAUUUUCUAUUUCUCUUUAUUUUCCUUUUUAGCUCCCAGUGGGGUAUAGGCUAUUAAAAAUUUCUCUUCAAGCCUUCCAGUCUCUAGCUAUCAUCUCUAAAUCUGUCCAACUUUUUUCAACCUUUUCUACAUCUUUGUUGACAUCUCUUCUCCAGGUGUUUUUUUGGGUCUUCCUUGUCCUCUUGAUCUCUGAGGGUUCCAUACCAGUGCUUGUCUUGUUAUAUUUGGCAUGGAUUUUCUCAUGGUAUGACCUAUCCAUCUCUAUCUGACAUGAUUCAUAAUUGCUUUCAGGUUGGAGAAUGCUUUCUAUGAACAAGCACAAGCUUAUUACCACCAAGAAGCUAGGAAAGUGAAGUCUCACAAAGAUUUUUUGAAUAAAACAACACAUCAGGUAAACUGAAAGUAAUAGUAUGAUUAUUUUAUUGCUAAAAAUUUCUUUAAAUGAGUCUAAAUAUUUCAUAAAUGUAUUUUAUUUUAAUGUAAUGAUUAUGUCUCUUUUGAGAAAAUUUUUAUGUACAGGGCGGUGAGCCCAGCCCUAUGCUAUAUAAGACCUCUUCUUCUUCUUCUUAUUAUUAUUAUUAUAAAGGCAGUUAUGCAUAAUAUUUUUUUGUUUGUUUUUUUUAAAAAUAAGGCAAGUUGUAUAUAAAAAAACAAAAACUCUUUUUCAGCUGUUGUUUGUCAGACAUCAGUUUAAAAGUGCUUUCUUCAAUGAAUUGAAGCAAGAUUCCCAUACAGCCAUCAAGUUAGUUUCUUAUACACCUAAUCUAACAUAUUGAAACUGUUAUUUUUAAGAAAUUCUCAAUUUUCUUCGCACUCAUGUGCUAGUAAGAAAAAAGACCUUAGUUUAAAAAAAUACCUUAAAUUUAAUCCCAUUAUCUAAAAUUUUGUUGAAGGAUAAUUUGUGAGUUUCAAAGUGUCCUUGCUUUACUUUCAUCCAAUAAAGGGUUAUUUUUUACCCAUGUUAUUUUGCAGACAUUACAAACAAGCUUAUGGUUACAUCUUGGACCUAAGGAUGCAUGACACAAACAUGCUUGAAAUUAAAACUGUUGCUGGAUUUAUUAACUAUAAGGUAAUUGUGUGCUUGCAAAGCUAAAGAUAUUUAAAUAUUUAUCAAAUCAUUUUUAUUUUCUUAAAAGUAUUAUUUUGAAGCUUCCUGUCAUGGGGUUAAAUUUCUUUUAAGCAAUAAAAUAUUGAUUUGACUAGAAAAGGGACACCAAAAAAAGUAGCCAACAAUCUCUAAGAUUUCUCAAUAUUCAAUAAAUGAGUUGUCAUUAACAAAAAGUAUUUACCUUAAAAUGUUCAGUGCAAUCAUAAAACAUGGUCACAUCAGAAAUAAAUUGUAAAUUACUUUGCUUUUUUUUGGCUUGGCAGUCAACAAUUGGGGGGGGGGUGGGGGAGAGUGUUUGGUUUCCUUUGUCUGCAAUACUUAUUAGUACUUGAAAACUUUAUACUUAGAUCUGCAGGCUUUCAUUUCAACACAAUGCUCCCCUGGACGCCAUUGCUCAGUUUAGAAAACACAUUGAUUUCUUCAAGUCAAAAACUGGAAUUCCAGAGCUUUCUUUUGAGCACAGCGCUUGGAUGUCAAAGCAGUGAGUUCAUUUGUUAACAUAGGCCACUAAUUUAUGUUAAACUGGUAGUGUUGGGGAAGUGCAAACUGAUGAAUUUAGACCACAUAAAUAACUCCUACGUAUGUUAGUAUGCGGGACCUAUACAACUUUAGUAAAUACAUUUUUCAAGAAUUCUCUUGCUUUUAAACACUGUUAAUUAAAUAUGAUGGAAAUAGAUAUCAUGAUUUCAUGUAACUGUUAAAAUUAAUAUUGAAUUUUACCAUAAAGAUAUAUUUACUUUAUUCUUAAUGUUUUCAAUAAAUAUUUCAAGUACAUUUUAAUUUUUUUUUUGGUCAGCUUGUCUUAUGUCAGGGGUCACCAAAUUUUUUUCAAGUUACUUGGUAGGUUUUUAAAAAUGAUGUCAUCAUUUGUUAAUUAAUUCGUAUUUAAAUACAUCUUGUUUAAUGCUGAUCUGAGUUCGAGUUUAAACCACGUUAAAUUUCACCAGUAACUUUAUUUUACCAGUGAUCGACUGUGAUAAUGUGAUCUGUACGUCCACUUAUUAUCAGUUAAUAUCUAUUGCAAAUACACGUCUGCAAAACAAAGUGACUGCAGAUUGUAUUAUAAAUGUCAGUCAUCUACUGUUUGUAGUUAACUUUUUCUAUGCCAGCUUAACUUGAUCCCACUAAGCACUGCGAUGCGAGUAGUUAUUGUAUUCAUUUUAAAUACUGUAUGUUUAUUUAUUUACUAUUAAGAUUCCUUAUUGUGCGAUUUUGAGACGAUAUUGUACUAAUUUUAUGAGUUCAAAGGUAAAUAUUGGUCUACAAUAAACAAGAAAAUCAAGAUAAAAUAAUUUUAAAUCAAAAAGGAUAAAUUAAGGCGCAUAGCAGACCGGAGGUCUCCGCACUUGUGAAGAUCUCCUAGUAUUCUAAACAUAAUAUCGAAAUUGUAUCACAACGUCUCGUGUUCCAUACGCUUUAUCAGGCAAGUUCAAGUGCCGUUGACAGGCCGGAUGAACUGGCCUUGCAGGCUGGAUCCGGCCCGCGGGCCGUAGUUUGGUGACCCCUGUCUUAUGUCAUACUCCAAUAAAUUAUUAAGAUUUCCAAAUGUUGACAGAUUCCAAGUGUUUGGAGAUUUGUUUGAUGAGGCUAUCAAGCUAGGACUUACAGCCAUACAGACCCAGCAUCCUGGCUUCUACUACCAGCAAGCAGCCAAUCAUGCUAUAUUUAGAAAACAGCUGUGUCAAGGUCUUUGCAUGGUAAUUUAGCACAUUCUCUAAUUCACUAAUUGAAAUUUUAGCAAACAUUUUCAUAAAAAUAAUUCUCGAGGAUCUCUUUUUUUUAACUAAAAUAAAUUUUCGUGACUUUCUUUGUCUGCUAUAUUUGUGUGUGUCUACUCUAUGAUGGUAAAGUUUUGUUUUAGUAAUGUAAGGUUGAAGUCUGGUUUUAGGUGUUAAAUAAAAAAUAGUUGUGCAGUUAAUUUUGGCAUUACUUCCUUACAAACUAGCAACCACAGGAGAUGAAGAGUGCUGAUGUCAUAACAGAUUACUUGGGACCUGUUGACUUUUAUGGUCAAAGAAAAUGGAGACAGGGACACCAAAGUGAGUGAAUCUCGUAAAGUUGUCAAAACAAAUUACAAAAACAAAUCAUUCUUUUAUUUCUACCUGCUUAUAUAUUUGAUGAGGUGCAACUAAAGAUAUGUUUAAAAAUGUUUGUUUGCUUUGCCAGGCAUUGAACCUCCUGACCUACAGAAAGAAAGAGAUGGAAUUUUAGCUCUUCAGACAAAGGAGAGGCAAGUGGAUCAUUCAGUGAGUGCAUUCUAUCUGAUGACCUUUUUCAUUGCUCAAUAAAUAGUGAAUAUAUGUUUAAGAAAAUUUUUAAUUGUUCUGUCUUCUUUUUUUUUUUAUGCCUAAAUAUAUCUUGUUCCACUUUUUAUUUGUUUUUAAAGAGAGAUUGCUCUUUUUGGUUCUGUCUUUUUUUUCAUCUUGUUCCACUUUUUAUUUACUUCACACAUCUUGAAUGCAGACCCCGCUUUUAUCAUUCUUUUCUCAAACAUUUUCCCUUCAGUUAAAAUUUAUGCCUUAAAAAGUAUUUUCAAUGUUUGCAUUUUUUGUUUUUAAAGAGAAAAUGUUCUUUUUGGUUUUGACAUUUUGAAAGAUGGGAUAUGUUGCCCAUUACCACAGUUAUUGACAGUCAGGAAUUUGUAGGCAAAUAUUGACCUUCAUUACUCUCCUCUUUAGUGGUUAAUCAUUCCUCUGCUAAGCAGUGCAGUGGCGCAGUUCCGCAAGUACAAGUCACCUAGAAUGAAAAGGUUUUUAAGUAAGCAUCAUUUUUAAAUCUACCAACUGUUUUUAGUGUUCAUGUUGCUGUAAGUUGAUCUAUGAAAUCAAUAUUAAAUACCAGAACAAAUCCUGCCUGAUUCAGCUGAUUCUUGUUCAGGUAAAAAUUAAAGUGUGUAACACCUGUAUUCUAUGAUGUCUGUACGUUAAACAAAUAGAUCAACUAAUGUGGAACAAAAGUUUUUAAACUUUGUAUUGAGUUGUAGCCAUUCUAGGCUUGGCAUACAGACAAGCUCCUAAGUUUCAAUUAUUUAUGAAGUGUAACAAUAAAGAAUAUUUUUUUUAAAAUUUUAUUUUCUCCCUAGUGGUGCAAAUGGGAGAAGAGUACUAUCAUGCCAAGGAUUAUAUCAAAGCUCUGAUGUGAGUUCUGCAAAAAGAUUAUUAAAAGCUUUCAGCUUGAAAAUUCUAGAAUUGAAUUUAAGCUUAGAAUCUGAGUAAUACUAAUUUAAAAUAUUCUCUCUCUGGUCUGUUAAUUUUUUUUUGGUUUAAAUUUAUUUAAUUGAUCUCAUCCUAAAAAAAAAAAACAUAUCUUAUGCAGUCUAGCUGCUAAAUAAUUUAGAUAAUCAAUUAUGAAGUAUUUAUAGUAGAUAAAGCUAUUUAAUACCAUUCUAGAACUCAAUCAUUCAGCAUUCAUAAAUCUUAGAGAAAAAUAAUUUUAUUGUUUUUUUGGAUUACUCUUUAGAGUUUAGUGACAUUGUCUUGAUUUUUAAAAAAAUUCAAUCAUGCUUUCUAAAAGGCUGCUGAACAAAGUGAUGUGGGACUACAGGGGUGAGAGAUGGUGGAAACUGCUCACAUCUAUAUUAGAGAUAUCACUGAAAUGUGCUUAUCUGACAGCCAAGGCUCAGGAGUAUGUGGCCAACUGUAUGGAAUUGAUUGGCAGGUGUAUCCUUUAUAUUCUAACACCAGCUGUGAUAUUGCUUAAAUCACGUUUAUACAUUAAUGAUAAAUAAUGAUAAAUUAUUUAUUCCUAAUGAAGCAAAAAUUGAUUUCUAAUAUUCCCGGCUUUAAGUAUUUUUGUGUCAGUGUGACCUUGCCUUAAGUUUGUAAAAAGAUUCCCAAUGUAGCCACGAUGAAAAAGUUAGAAUUCAGAUGAAUCUGAUCAGGGUCAUGUCAGUAAGUACCAUUCCAUUUUUAAGACACUUAUUAUUAUAUUUUGUUUUUCUCUUUUCAUCAAUACUUUUUUUGUUUUCACUGCACGAUAGGUACAAAUUAUUUUCAGUCAUUUCAUAUCUUCCGUUUAAAUAUUGCAUUUUCUUACUUUUUUUUUAUAUUGUUUUUAAACAAAAUCUUUGUGAAUGUACAUAUAUGUUUUCAAAUCAAACCUAUACAUGAUAUAAAGAUAUAUCAGCAUGGCUUUGUUGAGAAAGGCAUUGGGAUCUAACAUUGAUUAGUUAAUGUUUACAUGUGUAACCACUCCACAGCAUGAACCGCCGGAUCCUGAACCAGGUUUGGAUCAAAGUUGCAUAGAAAAAGCCAGUUCCAUUUGGACAGAGUUCCGCUCCAAGCCCACAAUAUUCACCAUUGAAAUGCAAGGACUUAUACCGUUCAGUGAGUUGGUACUGUUAACAACUUACAAUCAUCAGCCAGCUUCAUUUCAAACUUGUUAUAUUGUAAGACAUGGGUGCCAUGACAGAAGUUAAGCUAUUUCAUUUAGCACUCCGCAAAGUUCACCAACAAUGUUUUCUCUUUUGCAGUUGAAACUAAAGCAUGUUUCACAAGUGAUGCAGUCUCAGCUGAUCAAAAAGUAAAUAUUGAAGUUUGCCUCAGGUAAAAUACCACCACAUUUUUAAUUCAGCAAUAUAUUUUAUAACAAUUCAUUUUGGGAUUAUUUUGUGUGUUAUGGGCACGUGUGCCACCUAUGAUUUUAUUUGGCCUGAAUCCAUCUAACUUUAUUUAAGAAUUUUGCAUCAGCUUAAUUUUUCCAAUCAUUACAAUUUAUUGUCAACAGUUUUCUUUAGCAGAUAAUUUUUUUAAUCAGUUUGCCUAUGUUUCCCAAGGAAAAAUCUUAAUUCUUCACUCAUACCAAAAAGCUGUUAACAGUGAAAGUAUGUAUACAAAGUUAUUGGAGCAUUUCAUGAAAAAAAAGUUCUUUCUGAUCAUUUCAGAGUUGGCUGCCCAUUCCCAGUGAGACUUUCAAAGCUUUUGAUCCUGUUUACAAAUCAAGUUAGUCAAUAUUAUCUCCUUGAUCUAUUUUUAAAUCCUUUAUAUUAACUUCACUUUUGUUUGUGUGUUUGUUUUAAGGCUAAAAUCUUUGGACAGCUAAUUGACCCAUUUCCAGUCAUCCUAUCUAGCGGAAACUUGGCAUAUAGACUUGUUUCAGAUGACAAUUGCCCCACCCCCAAAAAUCAGUUUUAAUGCUACCAGAUACCACUGAUUUGACGAAACUAAAAUCCAGAUAAACAUGCUAAAUGAGAUACUUAAAAAUAUUGCAAGCGCUUUCGAUGUGUAAUAUUUUCUUUCGUUUUAAGAAAUGGUGUAAUAAAUCUCUGUGUAAAAGUGGGUGGGACAUUAGAAUAUUAAUAUAGUUCAGGGGCCUGAAAAAAAAUUAUGCGGCUGUGAGCCAGGAGGGGGGGGGGGGCUCUAAUUGGGUAUCUUAUAAAGUGCGUUACUUGAAUGCAUGUUUUGUCAAAUUUUCAGCCUCCACCCCACAUUGCUCACUAAACUUCGUUUUUAGGAGUUGUUUAGCUAUUAUAGGUUUUACAAAUUGUAAGUGAUUGCCUAGAUAAUAUUUUUGCAAUAAUUCAUUUCUUUUUAAAUAGAAAUAUAACACAUACUGUGUUAUGACUGAUAGAAUUGGCACAUCUGGUGCAUCAGCAAGUGAAAUGGAUAGUGGGGACCUUUAUCUUAAACCCAAUGAGCCAAGAGUGUUCUCCUUUUCAUUCUUACCACUCAGUGAGGAUGUUGGAAAACUAAUAGAGGUAGGUAACUGUAUUGCCAAUUAAGAACUUAUUUAAAGGCACUUUGAAAGCUCCUAGUCAUUUAAUCUGUUUUAAUCAUUAUAAACUAUUUUCAUUUCAUUAACUGGUAGCUUAUGAGUUUCAAAGGGAAUUUAUUUAAAUAUCAUUUUAUUUUACAAAAGCCUUAUAUAAAUGUUUAGAUGAUUUGAUCUAAUUUAAUAAAUGUGAAAUAGUUGGGUGGUUUUUGGGGUUGUUUUUUUUUUUUUUUCAACUUUAAAGUAUCUACAAAAUGGAUGUGGAGUUUCAAAAGUUAAUAAUUAAUUGAUAAAACACUUUAUCAGAUUUCCUCCCUGGCACUAGAGAUGGGUUCAGAUAAUGGCUGUUGUGCAGUUCUUAGAUGGACAGGAGGGGGAGGGGACAACCUCAUCCAACCUGCUGGUCCAACUAGGCCAGUCAUUAAGUCCACUGUUCCAGACAUGCCCAUUGAUUGGGACUCUUUUCUUGUUAAUCCAGCUGUUAGGUAAAUUCAGUAGCCUUCUGUUACUCUUACAACAUAUUCUGAUAUUUUAUUAUUUAGUAAAGUACUCACUGUGUCAAUGGCUUCUAAUUUUAAAUAUAUAUAUAUAUGUACACUGAAUAUAAAAAAACACAACAGGAAAAUCAACAGAUUCACAUGAUAUAAUCUUGUCUUUUUUAAAAAAUGUGAGGAACAUUAGUAAAAUUUGUGCUAAAUUGUUGUUGUGAUGAAGAUAUUUAAAAAAAAGACUUAUAAGUCUUUAUUUUACAAUAGUUACAUAUAAACCUUUUAAAGCUAUCUUUGUAAUCAUAAUCAGAUGAAUUUUUUUAUUUCUUGUUUAAGGGUAAACCCACGCAAAGCUCUGUUGGAGGUCAAAGUUGAACAUGAGCCCCCUUGCCUUUUAAAUGAAGUUUACUCUAUGAAAUUAAUCAUAGAAAAUAAGGAAGAUGGACCAAUUCAAGGAGUUAGGUAAACAUAUUUAUUCUAUAAAUCUACUAAUUUUUUAUUCAGUUCAAUUUUUUUUAUAGUUAAUUUUUUUUGUUGCCAUUUUCUUUUCUUUCUGUUUACUUAAUAUUAAGAUUAUUAAUUUGCUUUCUACAAAUUUUAGAGUUUCUUUGGGACUUCAAGAAUCAGAAGAAAAUCAAGACAAUGCUAGUAAGUUUUAAUUUUAAGAAAGGACUCUUAUUAUAUUUUAUAAGCAAAACACAAUUUUGAUUGUUCAAUGUUUGUGUGUAAACAUAUGGUUCAAAGUAAUGAUGAAUGGAUUUCAUGAAAACCAUUGAUUUAUUUUGAACCAUCAUAAAAUCUCAAGUGCUUCUUGCAAAAUUGCUGAUGAAAAAACAGAGGUUAUUUAAUACUCAUAAAUCUACAUAUUUUUUUUCCAGCUGUUAAUUUUUCAUAUAACUUAUAAUUUUGAUUGUUUUAUACAUUUAAUAUUUAUGUAAACUAGAAAAUAAACUAGACCUAUGUAAUUAUAAAUGAGCUCCAAAAAAAAUAUUUUCUAAUGGCAAAAUAUCAAAUGGCCCUAGUACAAAAUGUGGAAUUUUGUAAUGGGAAUACUUUUAAUUGAGGCUUUACACAUGUGCCAAAUGAAAUAAUUAAGAAUGCAUAUUAUACAUGUGAACUUCAAUUUGCAUGCAAUUCUUUGUCCAAGUUUAGGUGGAAGGUGCAUUUUAUAACAUAUAUUUUAUUAUAUAACAUAAAAGUUACAGUUUAAAUAUGAACUUGUUCAAAUAAAGUAUACAUUUUCCAUCUAGCCCAAGUGACUGCUGACAUUUCAGAGUUUGAAGGAGGAAGUCCUUCCAAUAGUUGCCAGACUGACCUUGGCACCCUUAAGAAAGGCCAGAAGGUACAUGAGUUUACUUUUCUGCUCUACUUUCUGCUAUUCUACUUUUGUAUAGAGAUAAUGAGCUACAAUUUCUGGUUCUGGACUUUUGUUUAGAGAUAAUGAGCUAUAAUUACCUUUGCUGUACUUUUUUAUAAUGAUAAUGAAGUAUAAUUUCUGUUGCUGUACUUUUUUUACAAUGAUAAUGAGGUAUAAUUUCUGUUGCUGUACUUUUGUAUAUCGAUAGUGAAGAAUAAUUUCUGUUACCAUACUUUUGUGUAGAGAUAAUGAGAUAUAAUAUCUGUUACUGUCCUGAGGUAUAUAGAGACUGAGGUAAAUUCUCUUCAGAUGUCAGUAUAUGUCAGUUUUUCUUUUUUAAACUUCUGCUUUAAAUUUCAGCAUUCCAUUUUUAUUUUGUGCUUAGGUCACCCAACAGUUCUUUGUCAAAUGUCUUCAAUCAGGCACCAGGGCUAUCGUUGCUAUGGUGAGUCAUUUAACAAAUAAUAACUUAGACUGUGACAUAAUUAAAUCUGGGGAGUUGAUGUCAUCACACCAGACAGGCACCAGAGCUAUCGUGGGUAUGGCGAGUCAUUUAACAAAUAAUAACUUAGACUGUGACAUAAUUAAAUCUGGGGAGUUGAUGUCAUCACACCAGACAGGCACCAGAGCUAUCGUGGGUAUGGCGAGUCAUUUAACAAAUAAUAACUUAGACUGUGACAUAAUUAAAUCUGGGGAGUUGAUGUCAUCACACAAAUUAGAAUUUUGAGCACCUGCCUCAUUAAUUUAUAUUUUUCCCUUGACUUUAGGUCAGUUACAGUGUAGCUGUUGUGGUUGGGAGACAUAUGAUAACCUGUGAAUGUCAGGCGGAAGAGCAGAUCUUUCUGUUAACUGUCCGACCUUUUGAUGUUUCCAUUAAACUGGAGUCGGUAAAGGUACUCGAUGUUAACAUGCUUUUUUCCAUUCUAAUUUUUUUACUACUGUUAAAGAACCCUUUGUAAAUGUUGUUACUGUUAAAGAACCCUUUGUAAAUGUUGUUACUGUUAAAGAACCCUUUGUAAAUGUUGUUACUGCUAAAGAACCCUUUGUAAAUGUUGUUACUGCUAAAGAACCCUUUGUAAAUGUUGUUACUGUUAAAGAACCCUUUGUAAAUGUUGUUACUGCUAAAGAACCCUUUGUAAAUGUUGUUACUGUUAAAGAACCCUUUGUAAAUGUUGUUACUGCUAAAGAACCCUUUGUAAAUGUUGUUACUGUUAAAGAACCCUUUGUAAAUGUUGUUACUGCUAAAGAACCCUUUGUAAAUGUUGUUACUGUUAAAGAACCCUUUGUAAAUGUUGUUACUGUUAAAGAAACCUUUGUAAAUGUUGUUACUGUUAAAGAACCCUUUGUAAAUGUUGUUACUGCUAAAGAACCCUUUGUAAAUGUUGUUACUGUUAAAGAACCCUUUGUAAAUGUUGUUACUGCUAAAGAACCCUUUGUAAAUGUUGUUAUCAUUUACCCUUGUACAGAGUAUUUAUUUUUAAAAAUAUUGAAAAUGUUUUUAUUUCUUUCAGUUUGAGACCAUUGAGGCUGUGCACUCUGAAGAUCCAUUCUUGUUAACCACUGAUAUUCAGUGCUCCUCACCAUGGCCCAUAGAAAUGAAAAACAGCUCUAUCUCAUUAGUGAGUGUGUGUGUAUGCACUGAGAUGAAGGAUGCAAGAUUUUAGCUCAUUAUUUCUAUUCAGACAAAACCGGGUCCAUCUCAAAACAUAUGUAACCCUUAUGACACUCUGUAACACAUCUUGUAGUAUCAUUUCAGGAUAGUUGUCAUAUGCAUAUCCAAAUUUUUCCCAUUGUUUACAAAUUUGAUAUGCACACAGAAAAUGAUACUAAACCAUAUUGGCUAUGUUUUAAAGUUUUCUUUUGUUAUUAUAUUUUUAAUCUAUCACAUACUUAAAAAUUUUCAGAGUGAAUUUAUAAGUACUGCAUGUGAUGACUAUGAAUCUCAAAUAGCAGGAGGUUGGUCAAAUAUAAUUUAAUUUACCAAUGUUUAAUUUAAAUAUUUUUAGAACCAGUUGAUUUAUUUUUUUACAUGGGGAUGAAAUAUGGAUCUUAGUUUCAACACCAGUUAUAAUUAAACUUGGAAAGUAAAGGAUAUUUAAGUAACAUUUAUUUACAAAUAAAUAGUAGCAAUAUUAUAAUGUUAGAUUUUGUAUUUAUUAUCAGUCCAGAAAUAUGUAAAAAUUAUUUUUAAAAUUCUGAUUUUACUGAUUUUUAAAAGCUCGUUAUUUAUAGUUUUAAUGAUACUUUGGGGGGAGGGGCGUCGGCAAGACGAUGACGACACUGUAAUCAGGUUAGGUAGGAGGAAAUAAGUGAAACACGGUAUGGGAAGUCUUUAAUAAGACGGAUGCAACAAAACAGCAGAUGCCUUUCGGCGAGAAGCGUUCUUCAGAGAACGCAUAACAGUAAAACAAAUAUAAAAAUUUAAAAAAAUACUUAGCUGCAAUGUAGUUUCCGAGGGACAGCAAGAGAAAUGUCACCAAAUCAUUUCUGUCCUCUUGGAUACUACAUUACAGUUAAGUCUUUAUUUUAAUUUUUUCAUUUGUUUUACCAUUGCGUGUUCACUGAAGAAGGCUUUCUUCCCACAAGUUCAUUGUUUAGUUAAGUACCUUUUUCAUGUUUUCCUUAUUUAAAUUUUUAAGGAAAGCUGCAUAUAUUGAAAAAAUUUAUUUUAAACAAUUAAUUGUUAUUCUAUUCAGUUCGACUAAAUAAAUCUGAUUGUGGGGCUGAAUGUAUAUGUCUGGUGGCGUCAUCUUGUAUACAACCUUCAGUAUCUCUUGGAACAUACACCUUGGAAUGGAAGAGGUGGGGUUAAUUUUUAAUGGUAUUAAAACAUAGCAAUAAUUAAUACUUAACUGCAGAAUAGAUUACGUAAUUUAGUAUAUUUAUCAUUCACAUUAUAAUACAGUAAUGUAACAAUAAAGUACAUGAUUUUACAAACUUCUGUAGUUUUUAUUUUUAUGUUUAUAAAACAUGAUUGUUUAUUUCAGUUAUAUCUAAUUUUAACAAUGUAUCGAUUUUUAAAACGCUAUUUUAACAUUCCAGAUUACUCAUCUGUUAUUUUUUUUAUCAUCCUUUUAGUCCUUUAUCUCUAAUUUUCUAAUUAAAACACAUCAGUAGGGGAAACCUGAAAACUUGCAAAAAUUAUUGUAGACUGUGACUAAAAUUGUAGACACUGUCCUAGAUUUAAUAUUAACUCUUUCUUACUGAUUCCACUAUGCUUCUUGGCCAUUACCCAGGUCAGCAUAAAUAUUAUUUUUAUUUUAUAUAUUUAAAAACAGUUAAAAUGUAGUUAACAUGGUUGUGACCCUGUUUAUUCAUCAGGCACACAUCAAACAGCAAAGACCUACCUUAUGUGAUGACCAGCUUCCCCUUGCCAACAGUGAAUAUUGAACACAUACCGAUUACUGUACAUGUCACACUGCCAGCGUUUGGGAGAGUAAAGACACUUCUACCACUCAGUUACUCUGUAAAGAAUAGAACACCAUAUGUUCAAGAAGUGCAGAUCAGCAUGGAGUCCACUGAUAAUUUUAUGUUUUCAGGAAACAAACAGGUCAUUUCAGUUAAAUGUGGUUUGAUUUUAUAAAAUAAACUAAUCAUGUGCUAAAAAAACAUACCUUCUUAUUUAUUUCAUCCAUCAAUCUCCAACUGAGAAAGGUGUUAUUUGGAAAAUAUUCAUGGCAAAAGUAUGAAACCUUGGCGGGGUUAUUUUCUAGAGAAUUAAGUGUUCCCCACUUAGCAGAUUUACCCCUCUGAGUUGCUGCAAUUUUUUGGUUAAGGCAUCAGAUUAUUUGUAGUCUAAGUUUUCUAUAGGUUGAUGUCCUGGUAUUCUUGGGCUUUGAACACCUCAACACAGUCACCCAGUUGCAAUCAACAUUAACUUGUCUAAAACCUGUUGUUGUUUUUUUAUUUACCAGACUCAUUUCCGUGUCUUGCCAAGUCAGGAGUACAAAAUUCACUACAACUUUUUUCCACUGGUGGCUGGGCAGGUGUCACUGCCAAGACUGCAUUUAGAUAUGAUGCGCUACCCUGGCACCAUGGAUGAUAUCAUUAAUAAGAUGUUGCCAACACAUAUUUUUAUAAGGGUAAAAAGUAUUUUUAAAAUAUGCAAUUCCUUAGGUUAAAAAUGAGUUUCACUAGAGAGUGAUAAAACCAAAAUUUAAUUAAGCUUUUAAUAGCAACUUUUUUUUAUUAUAUCAUAUAAUUUACUAAAUACUCAGAAUAAUAUUAAUGCAGUAAAAAUAAUAUAAAGCCUUCAGCACAACUUUAUAAUCCUAAUUUAAAUAACAUACAAUUUGUGAUACGUAUGAGAAAAAUAAAAUUCUUUUAUAUUUAGUAAAUCACUAAAAGAUUUUGUUUUCCCUUCCUUUCAGCCUAAUGGCAAGAUACCUCCUGUUUGAGAGUCACUGCCUCUGCUGUGUUCAGUGCAAUACAAUAUUAAGUGAAUAGUAAUUUAAAUGUAUUUUAGCUGAAGCUGGCAGAUAACAUUUUUCUUUAGCAUUCCUGGAUGUUUACUUGUGUAUUGUUUUUUUAACAUAACAUUUGUGUUUUACACGUGUCUGAAGCCUAUGAGAAGAAUGUGCAAGACGAUAACCAUUAACCACUCUAGAAACAAAAAUAAAGAAAACCCUAUUAAUAGUCUGAGACAAUGAUGAACAUUUUUCAUACACAAUACAUGAAAUAAAAUAACCAGGGAAACCAUUUUUUUAGCACACUAAGCCACUAAGAACGUUAAAAUAUUUCCAUGGUCAUAUAAAAUCCAUAUUGUGUACAAAUCCCAAUUUGUGUGAACUUUCUAACUAUAAUGUAAGUGUUAAUUACAUUACGAACUUCCUACUCACUGUAUCUUCUAUAUAUUGAUUCAUAAUGAUUUUUUUAAAAAUUGAGUCUUUCUUUAAUUCAAUGUAUCAUUUAAUUAACAUUUAGUGUUAUAGCAAUAAUCUUUCAAAAAUACAACUAGUGAAACAAUGUUUAUUUUCUAAUAGUUAAAGCUCCUCCUCCUCUGUCUUAUUGCUAUCUGCUUUGUUUAGAACUAAUGUUUUGUUUCUGUUGCUGUGUUUUGCUAUACUUGACUGAAUGUUUGUAAUUAGCUUGGAUGACCAAGACAUUUCAAUUUAGGUCUUCAUUUUUUUAAAGAAAAUAAUUGAAUUUUUUCACUUGGGCUGACUGUGCCAAAAAAGACGCUGCAUCCCUUUUCACAAGCCCUUGACUUACUUUGCAAAAUAAUUUAUAAAUAAUAAACUGAUUACUUUAAAAAUAUAAAACUAUUUAUAUCCUUAUAGGGAAUGGAAUAAACUAAUACAACCUUUAUGAAUAUAACUGAAAUAUCAAUAUUUUUGCAAGUGAGAUAGCCUGAUUUGCAAAAUUCAUGUAAUCAAUUUUUUUGUACACUUAGAAUAAAAUUUAUUUUCAAAUUUUUUUUUAAUUUUCAGAUUGUUGAAGACUACAUAAGUCUUAACCCAUAUUUGAAUGAGAUUCAAUAUAAAAAAUUUCAUAAAAUUUUUCCCUGGGGGCUGCUUAUGCUUUUUUGCAUAUCUCAAGGUCACACAUUUUUUAAAGCAUUAUAAGGGUCCCUAGGUACCCAAAAAAUUGAUAUGAAAUGACAGAUUAUCGUAAAAUAUCAAUGGAACCCGCCAUCAAAAUUUCAAGAUGAGCAAUAAAUGGAAGAAGCAAUCUGAUUAGCUGGUAGGAAGACCAGCCAGCCAGUCUUGAGUCUUUUACUUUUGGGAUCUAUCUCGUCUUUUUUCACCAUUACACCCUGGGCCGAUAGAUUGUCUCAAGAGGGUUAACAUAAAUGAUAAAUAUACUAAAUUGUGCAAUCUAAUAGGCAGUUAAGUAUUAAUUAUUACUAUGUUUUAAUACCAUUAAAAAUUAACCCCACCUCUUUUAUGAAUUAAAGAUAUCAGUAAUUUGAAUGAAUGUUUUCCAUGUUAUUUGACUUAAAGAUUACAUAGCAUUACUAAAAUUACUUGCUACAUUUACUCUGUGUGAUUAUUUGUGAAUUAUUUGACUAUUUAAUUUUUGCUCACUUACACGCUAUGAUUUAGAAAAUGUAUAAAUACAAGCCAAGUAACUGGAGUCCAAUCUUUCUUUGAAUGACACCUGCUUCUAAAUAAUCCAACUUUAUUUUUAAUUGUGUAAUUGUUUUGGCUCUAUUGUCAAUUUGUCCAAGACACUGGGAAAAUAAAAUAAAUUUGAUUGAACUGAA